GCUCACACAAAUAUACACGCACACAACGAGUCAAGUUUGAACAAGCUGAGCAGGAAAGGAAGGUGUAGGCGUUUAAGUGAACGUGGCACCUUUCUCAGUGUUUUUUGGGGGGGGGUUCAGGCCACCAUGGAGGAGGAAGAGUGGGACACUCUCACGGAGCUGAAGGCCUCCCCUGCCCUGCGACCCGAGUCCAGGUUCCGCUCCCUAAGCGAUGCUUCAGGCUUUGCCACCAGAAUCCUGUGGAGGCUCAGAGGAGCUCGCGCAGUUGAUGGUUUGGAGAAAUCGUCAUCACUGGCCAACUGCGAUGUGGUAUUGGACAGCGGCGGCGACGCCCACAAUGCACCUGAGUCACGGCAGCAGCGAGGAAAGCUGUCCACUCUAGGCAGACUCUUCAAACCCUGGAAGUGGAGGAAGAAAAAGAGCAGCGACAGGUUCCAGGAUCUCUCCAAAGUUUUGGAGAGAAAAAUCUCAACGAGACAAACCAGAGAGGAGCUCAUCAAGAAGGGCGUGCUUGUCCCAGAACAAGCAAAUGAGCCCGUCAGCAGGGAAAUCCAGAAUGGUCACGCCAGCUCCAGCGUGUCACCGGAGGAGGUCAAAGUUGAGAUUGAAAUCAAAUUCACCCAAGCUGUGGACCCUGCUCCUGGCCCUGUGAGCACCGUGGACAAAAGAGCCAAGUCCUCUCAUCCAAAGAAGACGCAAGGAAGUGCAACGAAAACCACCACCACCUCCUACUCCACUGUCCCUCCUCGCUCUCGCGCACCCAAGGACGGUGAGUCGCAUAGCAGAGGUGACAACACUCGGACCAGCCGUAAAGCAGAAGCCAAUUCUCAGAAAGCUUCUGCGGAGAUUCCCGGCCAGCCAGAAGAAGUCAACUCCUCGGACCCCCACGGGAGCUCUUCUCAAGUUUCUCUCCCCGAAGUUGAGGAGACUCCUGUUGUUUUUCAAGCCGCACCAGAGGAAAAAGCUCCUUGCGGCGAUUCAUCUGCGGGCCAAGAGACCCUCAGAGAUGCAUCCCUCGAGCCUGUCGUCCACUCCCCACACAUCAACACUGCCACAGAGGACACUUCCUUCACAGAGGGGGGCGCUGAGGGCAAUGCCCAGCAGGAGAAAGUUGAGAAGACCAGAGGGGAGGCAGGAGAGGCGCAAGAGGAAAACGGCGAGGCUGCUGAGGAGACACACUCAAGCCCAGCUGAUGUGUACACCGUGAAGCCGCAGAGCCACAGCGUGAACAUCCAACAGGCAGAGGUGACGGUGAUCCCCGACCGGCCGACGGAGAGCCAAGCCAGCGACUCGGACUCAGACGGACCCAUCCUGUACCGCGAUGACGACGAGGAGGAGGAAGAGGAGGAGGACGAGUACCUCAACAGCUCUCUGGCCAGCAGAAUCCGGCGACGGGACACCCUGAACAUCAAACUGGGCAACCGGCCCAGCAAGAGGGAGCUGGAGGAGAAAAACAUCCUGCCGCGAAGCUCUGAGACGGAAAGACACGAGCUCCGCCAGCAGAUCGGCUCCAAGCUUGUCAGGCAGUUGAGCCAAAGACCAACCACUGAGGAGCUAGAGCAGCGGAACAUCCUCAGACAGAAAAACGAAGUGGAGGAGCACGAAGCCAAGCAGGAGAUUAAAAGGAAACUCUCCAGAAAGCUCAGCGUGCGGCCAACGGUGGCCGAGCUCAUCGCUCGAAGAAUCCUGCGUUUUAACGAGUACGUGGAGGUCACAGACGCCAAGGACUACGACCGCCGGGCGGAUAAGCCGUGGACGCGACUCACACCCGCUGACAAGGCGGCCAUCCGCAAGGAGCUGAAUGAGUUCAAGAGCAGUGAAAUGGAGGUGCAUGAAGACAGCAAACAGUUUACCAGAUUUCACCGGCCUUAAUGAGAACUGGACAUCAGCAUCAAAAGCCCCCCCAAACAAAGAAAAGUCCACCAGGCCAUCAGACCUGCUGCUGUCAGUCAGUCUGGUCAUUCCACUCAGUGUACUUACUUGUGCAGUAACAACAAAUUCAGGUUUGUCUUAAGGCCCUGGGCUCCCCGUGUGGCCCACUCGUGGAACUUUAUUGCACAUACUGUACCUAUACUCAGAAAAGUGGAGUCCCGUUAAGAGUGAUUUAUUUAUUACAGAGUGGGAGGAGGACUUGCUGGAAAACGUGUUUGUUUUUUGUUUCGCGCCGAGAGGUGUAAAAUGGUGCGUUAUUACAGGUAUGAAUGUGACUAAAGAGAACUGCAGAUGCUACAGUAUGCUUUGUUCUGACCCGGAGCACCAACCAAUGGAUCAUGAGGAGCUGUUGUCAAAUGAUUGGGCCACUAGAGGGCAUUACGACAUAAGCACAUUUGCUUGCUGAGCUGCCAUAGUAGGUAAACUGCUGUGGAGCGAAGAAGGACCAUGCCUAUGAGACCUCUGUUGCAUUAAUAAAUGCUAAAAAAAAAAAUCUCUUAAGUGCUUGAAAUACUCUUUGAAAGUUGCACUUUUUAAGCUUUUAAAUCAGUUUCAAUCAGUUUAGCUUUCUUCACGCAGUGUCUUGUGUCAAAAAGCUAAUAAUACCUUACAAAAACAAAGAGGCACUAAAUCAAUAAACUCGCCAUGAAGUAGUAUUCUUUUCCCAAUUUCAUUUCCGCAAACAUUCUUUUUUCUAUGUCUAUCUGCCCUUGGUGGUUUGGACCCCUUAUGACAUAGCAGUCGAUAUUUUGCCCUACUUUUUAUCGCACUCAUGUUAAAUGCUGAUGAAUCAUCUCGCAUUCAGAGCACAAUUCCAUUAACCAAGCUACGGCGACCUCAGUUGAAAAAGUACGUCUCUACGCUAUGCUGCUUAGAUCCCUACAAUGCUGUAUUUGUGUAAUUGUGUAAAAUUUGUCAAUCUACAACGUGCUAUUAAAGAAGAGUCAGUGGUAUGGAGGCAGACACGACGGCUAAGAUUCCCAUUAUCCUAGCCAUAAGUGUCCCCCAUUUUACAGGCUCUAGUUCCACAUUUUGUGAGUUAAUCUGUGUUAUUUCCUGACAAUGCACAAUGUUUUUCAGGUAACCGUGACAACUUUUGAGUUGAGCGCUAGCUAAGUAGCCGGCUAACUCAGUUGUGCUAACUUGUUAAGAAGCACUUUGUCGCUUUCCAGUGAACAGAACAUAUCUCUACAUACUGCGAGUUAGUCAAACUCAAAUAAUUUCUAGAUGCAUGUUUUUAUUCAAGGACAACUGUGAGUUAGUGAACUAGUUGGCUAAUUCGCUUGUGUUAACCUGUCAAGGAGAUAAACUAUAUUCUACGCUACGCUGCUUACAUCCCUAAAUGCUUUUUUUUGCGUAACAUUGAUCAAGCCAUGAUUUGCCAUUAAAGGAGAGAUGCCAGUUUGGAGGGAGGCAGCAUUAGCAUUCUACUAGCUCAAAGCUAAAAAAUAAAAUGUCUACCUUUUACAGGCACAUUGGAUAAUUCCAGAGCUGAAAUUCUCUGUACUUAGCAUACAACUGGAAGGUGUUGACAUUAGACCUAAGUAUUCUUGUCUGAUUAAUCUGGACACAUGUUAACUCGCUAACAAGUCUCACCAUUGAGUGUUUAUGCUGAGCUAAAUCACCUUGCUGGAGCUAAAACCAAAGUGAGGCACCGUAACUUCAAAUUGUGAAUUACUGCGAGUGAAGUGGAAGUAUUUAAGAGCAAAGUGACCUUUGUUUUAAGAGAGGAGACUUUGUCUAAACAACCAGAGAGUUGGCUCGAUUUUUGUGCAUUUGCGUCUAUACACCAAAUAGGCCAUAAGGUUCAGUUAAUGAUGAUUUGUCACUGUGUGUGUUUGAGAUGAGCAAACCUUGUCCAUGUGCAAACAUAAACUCUCAAAUCCAAAACAGUCAAAUACAAAGUUGAUGUCAUGUUCCUGCUAGCGUGGUAGCGUGACAAAAAGUGAUUGACAGUCUCAUCAGGAAAUGUACAAGUGUAUGUGUUGUUGCUGCUUCUUUGUAUGUACGUAUAACCUAAAGUCAUGUACAGUCGAACAGUAUUCCUUCUUUAUGUAUGAUGUACUGUAUAUUGAUUAUUUUGUACAGAAUGUAUAUGGAGCAUGUGCAUACACGGUCAAUUUUAUGCUACAAUACAACUAUGAUGUAAUUGUUUUAAAUUA